AUGUCAAACGACGACGGCGACAAGGCGUCCCACGGCGCCGUUGCCACCCCAGAACUCGAUGCGCCGAGUGAGCCGACCGCCACGUCAAUGGUACCUGCAGAUGCCGCCGAGGUCAAGGUCAACGACGACAACGACAAGCCCAGCAAUGUGUCUGAAGCCCCGACCGAAUCGGCUCUGCCAAUAAAUAACCCAGAAACAAAGACUGAAUCCGAACCCGAACCACGUGACGACGCGCCCGACACUGCCGCCAAGGGGAAACGCAAGGCGCCGCCAGCCGGGCUGCAGCUGCAGGACGUGCCGCCGCCCGACGCGAGGCGAAGCAUCGAGAUCGACAUCGACCACCUCUCUCAAGCUCGCUCGCGCACUUCCACACUCUCACAGCCGUUCACACCGUCAAUGCACCACGCACCAGACAGUCCAACGACGUCGCUGAUCGGGACACUGCGCAGUCAGCUUGAGAUGUACGUGCAGCAGACGGAGCAGCUCAACGCCAAGCUCGUCGCAGCUGUCUCUAAACACGCCGACCUCGAGGACCAAGUGUUCGACCUGCAGACGGACAUGGAUCAGUUGACGCGCAACAACGGCGAGCUCGCGCGUGCAAAGGCCCAGUGGGAGGAGAGCAUGAACACGGGCCUGUUGGUCGAGCACUCGCAGAUUCGCGACGAGAUGCAGCGCUUAGCGGCCGGGCUAGUCGAGGAAGAACGGAAACGCGGCACCGCUGAGGAGAAGCGCAAACAGGUCGAGGACGAGGUUGACGAGCUCUCGGCGACGUUAUUCGACCAGGCCAACACUAUGGUCGCGACGGAACGCAUGGCGCGCGCACAGGCUGAGCUGCGUCUCAAGGACACAGAGGACAGCUUGGCGGUCGCCGAGGCCGCUGUGCGCGACAUGCAGACGCACAUGCAGUCGUUGACGACAAUUGUGUCCGCAGGGCCCUCGGCACCCCACAUUCCCAGGCGCUACCUCUGCAGCCACCCUCCAUACGCCGAGUUCAAAACGCUCCUCGCGCACCUGCGCGCCGCCCGCCCUUCGGCGCUCUCGCGCAAGCGAUCCAACGUGCGCGAGCUCUUCCCGGCCCCACUGAUCGCGUCUAUUGUGCAGCAGCCCUUCAUCGCACGCUGCAUCACCGAGGACUAUGAGGCAACGUUACGCCUCGAGCAGGCAGCUGACCUUGGCUGGGUGUCUCGCCGCAGCGUGAGCUCUGCCAUCCUCUCUGGCGAUCUCUUGAUUGAGCCUGUGGGCAGCGCGGCCCUCGGACCGCCCGAGAGCCUGAGCUGUGCGCUGUGCGGCAGAGCCGUCUUCGGGGGUGGUGCAGCCCAUAAGGGUCUGAUGAAAUACUUCUCCACCACGAACGUGGGCUCGACGGCGCACCUGGGAAGCAACAUCUACGUGUUCCGCGUUGCGACGCAGGAGGACGCCAAGUCGUACCCGCUGUGCAAGAACGGAUGGUGCCUUGAGCGCCUGCGCGCGGCCUGCGCGCUCUGGCACUUUGUGCGCACUGGCAUCGUGCACCCCGUAUGGUUUGGUGAGGACUACGACGCCUCGCCCGCGACACCCAAGACAGCGAGCACAGCGGCCGAAACGGACGACGGCACGCCCGUGCAGAUAGACCUGAACCGGACCCCACCAGAGGCUGACAAACUUACCAUCUCGCCGGCGCCCGUACCCCAGCGCUCGGCCAGCGCGCCCAUGGCCGCGCCCAUUGCGAUCACUGUCGAGAACCUUGCGUCUGCCGAGUACCGCAGACCCGCACUACCGCCGCAGCGCAAGUCAGGCUGGGGCCUUGGCUCGUUUGGGCUGGGGAGCGGCGGCAAGAGCUCAAGCGGGUGGACGAACUGGGGUUCGAGACCCAGCACGCCCGCGUCGCCAGCGCUGCCGUCUAUGGCCGACCAGCGGUCCGUGAGUGCGGGUGUUCUUGGCGCGCCUAUAACCCUUGAGCCGGAGAAGGGGGAGCCCGUCGUAGAGAAGAAGGACGAGACGGACGAGAAGGAGCUGGUCGUUGAGAACGUUGUGGAGAAGGCCGAGGUAGUGGCGGAGAAGGCUCCGGUCGAGGAGACCGUGGACGAGAAGACAGCUCCAGCUGCGGAUGAGAAGGUGGCUGUGCCAGAGGUCGCAGACCCCACGCCCGUUCAGCGCUCCAACUCGCGCACGUCGCAUAAGUCGGGCACGAGCACCGACCACUCGUUUGCAACGCCGACGGGCGACAACGCCUCGCUCCCCGACGUCAACGGCAAGGCCGAGGAGGCUGAGGUGUCCUCGCCGACGAAGGCGCCCGGGCUGGAGCUCAAGACGAACGUGUCAAGCUCGCCUUCCAAGACGGCGCCUGGGUCGCCAUCCAAGUCCGCCUCUCCCUCCAAGCCGGGCACCCCCGUCAACGGGGUCAACGCCUCGCCAACUAGGCCUACACGCGCCGCAGGACGCCAACCACCACCACCACCACCGCUGCCGAAGCGCUCGGAUCGCCGCGCACUGAACACCCCAACGCCUCCCAUUACGCCUACAGUGCCAGGGGACCCCAGUAAGACGGUGACUCCCCCGGCGGCUGCCGAGGAAGUCGAGGCGCCCGAGACAGCAGCCGCAGUGGAGGUUGAGGCGCCCGAGGCAGUGCCAGCAGAGGAUGACAAGACGCCCGAGGCAGUGCCCGCAGACGAGGUCAAGACGCCCGAGGCAGUGCCCGCAGACGAGGUCAAGCCUGGGACGCCCGAGGCGGCCAUUGAGAAGGCCGAGAUCGACGACACGCCUCUUGUGGACACGGCAGCUAGUGCCGCCGCUGCUGCUGCCGAAGUCAAAGCACCCAGCACGCCCACAGCCUUGACGGCAGAGGAUGCGGUCACGCCGACUGCAGGCCCAUCUCCUGCGCGUAUCCCACCCCCACGACACCCGCUUGCGAUCAUGCGCUCGCCCGCCACGUCUCCGCGCUCCUCACUCGACAACUCGCGGCCCAUGCCGGAAGCUCACCCUCCUUCUCUCCCCCUUCGCAAAUCCGUGACUGAGCGCUCGGUCUCGAUGUCCAGCACCACGAGCCAUGCCAGUCACGCCAGCCACGCCAGCCAUGCGACGGUGCACUCGCCCGAACAUGAUGGCGACGGGCGCUCGUUCCUCACCGGCGAGGGAUGGGAGGCGCGGGCGUGGCGCCAAGUCGUGCGGCUCAAGGAGGACAUGUGGCGGGCGCGGGUGGGGGUUAUUGACGACGACGAGUAG